ACCAGUCACAAAGACACUUCCAAAGCAAGCUUUCCGAGGAAAAUGGGCACCAGGGGAAAAGUGAUCAAAUGCAAAGCCGCUGUGCUCUGGACGCCUGGGGCCCCAAUGGACAUUGAGGAGAUAGAAGUGGCCCCACCAAGGGCAAAGGAAGUUCGAAUAAAGAUGGUGGCCACAGGAAUCUGUGGUACGGAUAUAAAAAGUCUGGAUGAUAAAGAGCUUUCCCAGUUUUGCCCCAUCAUUAUGGGCCACGAAGGAACUGGAAUGGUCGAGAGUGUGGGAGAAGGAGUAAGCACAGUGAAAACAGGUGACAAAGUCAUCAUCUUAUGUUUGCCACAAUGUGGAGAAUGUAACACUUGCCUCACUUCCAAGAACAACAUGUGUGAGGAAAUUAGACUGUCAGGGACACAUCUGAUAUCUGAAAGCAGCAGAGUCACCUGCAGAGGGAAGAUGGUGCAUCAAUAUAUCUCUAUAGGCACCUUUUCUGAAUACACAGUAAUAAAGGAAAUCUCAGUCGCCAAGAUUGAUGAAGCUGCUCAUCUGGAGAAAGCAUGCCUAAUUGGCUGCGGGUUUGCCACUGGUUUUGGUGCUGCGAUCAAUUCUGCCAAGGUGACCCCUGGCUCCACCUGUGCUGUGUUUGGCCUUGGAGGUGUCGGUCUGUCUGUCAUCAUUGGCUGUAAAACAGCUGGAGCAGCCAGGAUCAUUGCUGUGGACACCAACAAAGAUAAGUUUGCGAAGGCCAAGACAGUGGGUGCCACUGAGUGCAUCAGCCCGCGAGACUUUGACAAUCCCAUUCAGGAAGUCUUGUUUGAUAUGACGAAUGGUGGAACAGACUUCUCCUUUGAGGUCACUGGAAACCCAGAAAUAGUGGCAACGGCCCUGGCCUCCUGCAACAAGGACCAUGGGGUCUGUGUGAUCGUUGGAGCAAUUGCCUCUAGGGCUCAACUCAACAUCAGCAGCCAGUUGUUCCUCUCAGGACGUAGUCUGAAAGGGUCAGUUUUGGGAGGUUGGAAAACCAAGGACGAAAUCCCUAAGCUGGUUUCUGACUACAUGGCAAAGAAGUUCAGCCUAGAUCCACUAAUCACACACACCCUGGCUCUCAACAAGGUCAAUGAAGCAGUUCAGCUAAUGAAAAAUGGACAAUGCAUCCGCUCCAUCCUGCUACCUUAGUUAUAAGAUCUACAGCAUUUCACCACCUGGAUUUUGCAUAUCAUCGUGAUUUAGAAGAACCGGCCACACAACACUUUUCUAUGUUCUUGCCUUGACUCAUUCAACAACGUUAUAUCAGGUUCCCUCACCUGACCACACCAUCAAAAUUGUUUUCACAUGACCCCCGGCCAUGCCAGUGCCAUGCAGGACAGCCUCCCUUUCACAGCUACGCUAAGGUUGAUGGGAACCACCCAACAGCACAUCCUGCAGAUGAAGGCACACCAAGAUGUUCCACAGGUGCAGCCGUCUCUGCCUCUGGACCCACAUUUCUUCAGCCACUGGAUCUUUCCCACACUGUAUGCAUCUACAUGUGAAGCUUGGCAUAUUGUCCACGAGAAUUAGAAUUCCCCUGGAGAAGCUACUGGAACUGAUAAACAACCGAGCAAACUUUCGGGUCACAAGAUCUACAUAACUUGAUCAUGAUAAGCUCAUGACGCAAAUAUAUACAUAUUUAAAUAGAUAAAAAUGAAAACCAUUCUUUGUUCAUGAAUUAUGAAUUACAAGAAUAUUGUUAAAAUGUCUGUACUUCCCACAGGGGAUCAUAGGAAUCAUGGGUGAUGAAAUCGGAGGACCACAGCGAGCCAGCCCACCCUUUGAUGAUGCAGUCUACCCUUCGAUCAUCCUGGGAAAGCUGGCCCUGGCCGUCAGUGGACACGGCAGAAAGAGAGCUGGCCAUGACCCCCAUGGGAGAGCUAUUCCUCCUUCCCCCACACUGCACUUGAGAGUGAUGGCCCCACCCCUCACUACAGGAUAGGAAGAACUGGCCCUGACCAUAUGGGAAGAGGGGAGCUGGUUUUGCUGCUUCCCUGAGUUGGGGCAGCCCCAGUGACCUGGAGUGACCAGCUCAACUACUGCCCAGGCCCACAGCUGGGCCUUUUGGGUUGGCGCACCCUAACAUCUACUCUGUCU